AUGUUGUCAGAUAACAUGAAACAAAAGAGCAAAAAGAAACUCAUUGCUGACUUCGACACUGUUUCAUUAUAUCCUUCAGCUAUAGCAAGACUUUAUACUUUAGAAGGUAUUCCAAAAGUAUUGAAGGAUGAGAUGUUAAGCACAGAGUAUCUCAUGAGACAUUUAUUCGAUGAUGACCAAAAGGAACCCAUUGGUGAAAAGUUUAUGUCUGGCUUCUUUGUUCUCAUUAAGAUAACAGAGAUUGGUAUACCCAGACACUUUCAUUUAAUAGUUUGCGACCCUGAACUAAAUCCAGAACUUAACGUUCCAAGAAGUUCAAACACUUGCUGUCUCAUGUAUGUUGACCAUAUAACAUUACAAGACCUCAUAAAAUAUCAAGGUGUCAAAUGUGAAGUGUUGCAAGGAUACUAUUACGAUGGAAACAGAGAUAUGAGAAUAAGAGAUGAAGUAAAGAAGUUGUUUGAGUUAAGGUUAAAGUAUAA